CCGACCGAGCCAGUCGCAUUACUCCUCGGAUCGCCGCCCUACCAUCUCGUUCUAUAGCCGAAACAUUUUCAAACUGUUUGUUUGUUGUUUCGAUUUAUUUUUUUUUUUUUGGUUUGCAUUCAUCGAAAAGGCUGCGGUAAAGGUGAAAAUACACUUGCAGAAAUCCCAAACGAAAGAGAAAACUCGUUUGUACUUUCAUUUCGUCAAUGAACCAGUUGUUCAGUGUAGCGACAUGAAAACAGUGCUCACGUUAUUGUGAUCUUUCGUUCACAAUUUUUUUUUUUUGGUUUGAUUUCGGAAUUUUAUCGUCACACUUCGAUAUUCUACGCUGCAUCUCAACGACUUCAGGUCUCAACGAUGAUUGCUUCGGGACUUUACCUGCGGCUGCUUGUCGUCAACGCCGUGAUGGCCAGUUUUUUCUUUACGGCCGCCUCCAUCGAGCUAUCAAUGUCUAACAGCGUUGGCGAAGCGUUCAACUGUCCCGCAGAAGUGUGUCGAUGCGGGCUCGACCCCCGCGGCCGUGUGAAAGUCGUGUGUGACAGGGGUGAUCUGGGAGACCCCAUCCCCAUAAGAGCCAUGGAUCCUCUGACUGAGGUGCUAAUUAUAACAGCGCCCGACGACAAGCCAAACUCGUUAACGAUCGGUCCCAUAUUCCAGAGUCUAGCGAAAUUAGAGCAACUGAAAAUUACCAACUCGUUCGUACCGGCCAUCGGUAAACAUUCGUUCUGGGGCCUUCGAUCGCUCAGGACGCUCGAUUUAUCGCUAAACAAUAUAUCGGCGCUGGUCGAGUCCAAUUUUCGGGGCCUCAUCACUUUGGAGGAUCUCCUUCUGGAUGGCAACAUCAUAGAUUCCAUUCCUUCGGCGGCAUUCCGCCAUCUUCCGGCCUUGAAGCGUCUCUCGCUGGCGCGUAACCAUCUCUCGGAAUUCGUGCCGCGCCUCUUCUACGGGCUUCAUCGACUCGAAGAACUCGAGUUGAGUGACAAUCCGCUGCAAGAACUGGAACCCGAAGUAUUCCGCGACGUCCGCCUCCUGCGCACUUUGCGCUGCCGUCGCUGCCGUUUGACGUACAUCAAUCCGCUGCUGCUGCACUUGCUCCCCGACAUCGUUACGCUCGAUUUGGGAGAAAACGGCUUUCAUUAUCUCGACAAGAAUGCGUUCGGAGACCUUCCUAAGCUUCGGCAUCUUUAUCUGGACGGCAAUCACGUGACGGUGCUCACCGGUGGCGUAUUAACAGGUCAUAACCUCACGACGUUGUCGUUGGCGCGAAAUCGCAUGAUGACGGUAGAUCCCGCCGCCUUCGCCAAUGUCAGCGUCACCGAACUCGAUCUCUCUAGCAACCGUCUCCAGAGCUUGGACCCGUUCGUCUUUUUGCCACUCAAUCAGUCCCUCCGCCGGCUUAAAAUUGGAGCCAAUCCACUUCAGGUCUCCCACCUCUGGUCAUCGAUUCUCAGUCCGCGUGUGCAACUCAAUCUGAGCGAGCUUGACGUUGCAGAUAUUCCCAUCGGCCGCGAUCAGCACUUCCAAACGGAUCUCUUCUCCUUCCAUCAUGGAAUAAAAAGCCUGAAUCUCUCCGGCACCGCUUUUAAUUACUUGCCAGUCGAGGUAAUACGAUCACUACCGUCCCUCCGCCAGUUGGAUUUGUCCUACAACAAACUGUCGAGUCUCACGGAUCUAUCCCUUGGCGCCCUAUCAUCUCUGCAGGGCUUACGGCGCAUCUACUUACACGGCAAUCCAUGGUAUUGCGAUGCUUGCGUCAUAGGCCCAAUGCUCAAAUGGUUGGACAUUUCGCCGGCCAGUCGUCAUAUUAAAGACGGUUGCCGAGGACUUAAGACGAACGCCGGUAACUUAACGGCCGACUAUAUCAACGACGACGGCGCUCAGCCGUGCCCAGUCUGCCAAGAUCCGCCGGCCGUGGCCGGAGUUGAAUUGCCUCGACUGGACCACGUCAAUCUGCCAACUUGUAACUACCCGCCCAUGCUAAUCGAUUCGCAGGGCUUGCCCAGCAAACCAGCCACAGCUGCCGGUGCAACGUUAACGCCAAUGGGACGCUUUGUUAUCUUCCUGGAAAAUCCACUCUAUCUGGCACUUGUGUGUGGCGUCGCAGUGCUUUUAGUGGCAGCCGUGUGUGCCGCGUUGGCCAUAGUGUCACGUCACGCAGCGUCUUACUACACUAACGAGGGGAAACGAAACAAAACUGGCCAACCGGUUGACCCGGCAGUGAGUGACGAGUGCGAAGGCCUAUUCCCUUUGACUGCACGAGCUGGGCACAGAGGGCGCAUUGUCAAAGUAGAAAAGAAGACGACCGAGCAGCGAAUGGACACCACUGCGAACGAAAGCCAACUGCUCAGCAAAAAUAACAAUGGUAGAAUAAAAGACGACACGGCUGAACAAGUAUUGCCAUCGUCAGCAAGGACCAACGGCGUCGUUGCUAUCACAGUAACGAGUCGUGGCGUUCACUGUCCGGCAUACCCGCCCGUUGAACAGCACGAGCGCUCACUUUUUUGAAGGCGGAAUCACAUUUCAUUUUUCCUUUUCGUUGUACAGCAAGCUCUCCACUCAUUAAAAAUAACCGUCAUCACUCAACUGUAAAACACCAAUUCAAUCUCAUGGAAAAAUAUUAGAAAGACAAAAAAAAAAAAACCUUGCCUUUUGGAAUGAAUGGCUGUGCGAAUGUGUAAUUUUGGCCAUGAUUGUCGGUCGAUGGUUUUUUGCCACGGGGACUGUUCCAGUGCCUUUGGGAUAUCAUUCUAUUUUUUUUUUUCUUUUUUUGUCUGAAUCUCAACUUGGCAAAGCGUGCGAAUUUUGAUUCAGAGGAAAAGCACAGCUCUAAAUUGUACAAGCGCGUUGAUCAUCUAUUCCCUCCUCAUCAAUCAACUAUUCACUUUACCUUCAUCUAUGACGUUUUACGAAUGCAAAGUGAAGAGAUUUCCCACAAGUACAGCAUAUUAAUUAAGCCGGGCCGUGCGAAAAUGAAACGAUGUACAUGAAAUGAUAGUUGGCCGUAAUUCGUUUUGCUACGUUUCGUGUCUACGUGACUGAAUUUGUGGAUGCAGAACGACAUGCCAUUUAUAUUUCGCAAUGGUGUUUUCGAGGGCGAAACAAAAAAAAAAAAAAAAAAAAUACCUGCGUCUUCUAUACGUUUUUUUCUUUUUGUGAAGCAAAUCGACGUGGCAUUGAUUUUGAGUGUAAAGUAUACGUACACACGUCAGAACUCGCAAUCGAAUGAACCUCCAAUGUUUUCAAACGAUACAGUGCGUAUACGUUCACACAUAUAAAACGGUGCCUUCUAUCUCUAGAGAGCACAGUGUGCAUGAUGAAAAAGAAUUUGUUCCAUGACGUGCGUUUGUCUUCUUGUGUGUACCGGUUUCAAUUUUGUAUGUGUGUGUGUCUGUGUGCCCUGUUCAUAGUUUCUAUUGGCAUCGUCUCAUAUAAAGUCUUAGACACAUAAAUCUCGUGAUUCGUGGCACGUAGAACGGUAAAGGCAUGCACGAACAGAUUAGCUCUAUCCGUUUGAAAAAAAAAAAGCAAUUUCGUUAUGUGACCCGCAAUACACUUAACAUCCUUUAAAAACACGGAAUAGCACCGAAGAGAAUCUGCAUUUCGGUACGGUUAUAAUGUCAUACAGCAUACGAUUAUACAAACAUACUAUAAUUAUAAUGGAAAAUUCUAAAUAUCUUAUAUUGUUGUCGACAUGUCAAGUGAAAAUACAUCUUUCAAAUAAAUAAGGCCAACCAUGUAAA